GGAGCAAGGGAGAGGGAGAAAGCUGAGUGGAGAGAAGACGUUCCCAGAUCAGUCAGUGGCUUCAUGGAGUUAUGUACCUCUGAUCCGCCGCCAUGGAUUGCAAUCCGCGAUCACUCCUUUUCAUUUUACUUCUUUUACUGUCCAGCGUUAUUCCUGCGUUCCCCAUCAUCUACCCCCCGAACGAAGUCAACCUGUUAGACUCUAAAGCAAGCCAAGGGGAGUUAGGAUGGAUUUCCUACCCGUCGCACGGGUGGGAGGAGAUCAGUGGGGUGGAUGAGCACUACACUCCCAUCAGGACCUUCCAGGUCUGCAAUGUGAUGGAGUACAGCCAGAACAACUGGCUUCGCACCAACUGGAUCCCUCGCCAGUCGGCCCAGAAGAUCUACGUGGAGCUGAAGUUCACUCUGAGGGACUGCAACUCCAUUCCCUUGGUCCUGGGCACCUGCAAGGAGACCUUCAACCUCCUCUACCUGGAGACGGACGACGACCAGGGCAGCCACUUCAGAGAGCAUCAGUUCUCCAAGAUCGACACCAUCGCCGCCGAUGAGAGUUUUACCCAAACGGACCUCGGAGAUCGCAUCCUUAAGCUCAACACUGAGGUCCGCGAGGUGGGAGCCAUGACCAAGAAGGGCUUCUACCUGGCGUUCCAGGACGUGGGCGCCUGCGUAGCUUUAGUCUCAGUGAGGGUUUACUUUAAGAAGUGCCCGUACACCGUGAGGAAUCUGGCCUCCUUCCCUGACACGGUGCCCAUGGACUCCCAGUCGCUGGUGGAGGUCAAAGGCUCGUGCGUCAAUCACUCCAAAGAGGAGGAGCCUCCACGAAUGUACUGCAGCACAGAAGGAGAGUGGCUUGUGCCUAUUGGGAAGUGUCUAUGUAACCCAGGAUACGAGGAGAGAAGCAACACCUGCCAAAGUAAGACACGUCUUCUUUCACUCUUCCUUUGCCAUCCGUUGACUCUGCAUGUCCACUUGUAUGCUCCUCAUGUCUCCUCUGCACCUAUCCCACGUUGGAACCUAAACCAAUCGAAAGUUUUCCAAAGCUUUAGCGUAAACUGUUUGAUGUAAAGACUCGCACACUUCAUAUCUGUCAGUCCUGGAGCUGUAAAGCUGAACACCCGGCCUUUGUGUGCGCAUGUGUGUGCUUGUAUGUUGGUGUACGUUCCGUGUGCGAGACCUUCAGGCGAACCCAAGGAUCCCGGGGUGUUUUUGGAUACGUCGGUAGUCCUUCAUGCGUAUUUCCGUGCAUGUGCGUAAUGUGUUCUCCAGGUCCGUGAGAUACAGAGCGCAGUGGUUCAGUAGUAAUCUUCUCUGUGACACAUCAUUAGCUAUGGGAAGAUCUUACCCAGAAUAUCGAGGAUGGGACUGAUAACGCAGAAGAAAGGAGUGGGCUGGGGUGGACGGUGAAUAAUGGAAUAGUUGCGGUGGUGGCUGCGGGUGUUGGUGAAGGCAUGAGUGGGUAGUCAUUUGAGGUGGUUGCGAAAAGUCAAAAACAGUAUCUGGCCGCCUUUCAUUUUCUGACCUACAUGACUGCUCUUUCUCUCUGCUCCACUAUCAUCACACGCUUUCCUGUUGUGGCUAGAUGGUUAUUGGAAAAAACCAAAGUGUGAGAAUUGACUAAACGAUUUCUUUGGCUGCUGGUCCUACAAAACAGAUCCAGCUCAUCGGACGGACAUAUUGGUCUGUGAAACAUCUCAUCUGGAUUUUACCAGCAUUUAAUUCGCUCGUUUGUAAUUUUCCUUCGAUUGUUUUUGCUCCUCCUCACAUCAUCAUUUCAAAAACACAAGUAAAUCAGAUCCCUAUGACAGCGUCUGGGAUCAAGAAACCAGCAGCUUUAGAGAGUAAAUUCUAAAUCGAGUCUUUCAUCUAAGAAUACGAGACGGCGUCUAAGUCCAUUUAAGAUUCAGCGUAUUGCAUUAAGCUCCCCAAAAACUAGUUAUAUGCUGUUUUUUUCCCCCCAUUUAUGCUUCAGAAAAGCGUUUAUCUAACAUUUUUUAAAACCUUGUCUUUAUAAUCAUCUGUGCAUGUACGCAGACAAGACACAAUCGCGCCACUUAUGCAAAAUUGAAUUUCCUGUGGUUUGCUUCUGUGGCUGCCGUAACAGCUUUCAUCAAUUACAGCUAUAGUACUUCAUCAGUGUUUCCAUGCAACGAGAAUUUUUGCAUCUGUACAGCAGUCUGGCCCGACUUCAUUAUAGCGCUUUCAUUCUGUGUUUCUGUAGAAAGUGGCGUAUUUAAACACCACGACGGAUAAGUUG